UGGCCUCCUCCCAAUCCCAUCCAUUCUGCCGCCUUCGCCUCCCCCAGUUCAAACCACGAGAGAGAGGCAGAGGAAAUCGAGGAGGAGGGAGGAGAUGGCCGGAGCGAUCGCGUACGAGGAGCAGCGCCGGCGGCAGGUGGAGGAGAACAAGCGGAAGCUGGAGGAGCUCAAGCUGCACCACCUCUCCGCCGCCGUCAGGGAGGCCGCCACCCCCAAGCCCUCGCCGACCAAGUCCCUGAAGCGGAAGCGGGUGCCGCGGGAGGCCGGCGAGGACACCCCGAUCAGGCGGUCCGGCCGCGUCGCCAGCCUCCCCGAGCAGCCCAAGUACCGAUUCGAGGAUGUCUUUCAUGUCCUCGAGAAGAAGAUCAGGAGGGGGAGAAGGACGACGACCAGCACAAGGAGCGACUUGAUCAAUCGAGUGUACGCUACAGACAAGGCCAGAGAGUAUGCCACCACCAUGGCCGAAGAGCUGCAGGCCAAGCUGGGGUCCGGCUACCCCAGUUUUGUCAAGCCCAUGACGCAGUCACAUGUCACCGGAGGGUUCUGGCUGGGCCUCCCGUUGCCCUUCUGCCGGAAACAUCUCCCGAAGCGUGACGAGAGGCUCACUUUGAAGGAUGAGCAGGGUGUCGAGUCCGAAACGCUCUACCUUGCGCUUAAGAACGGCCUCAGUGCCGGAUGGAGAGGGUUCGCCAUCCAGCACAACCUGGUUGAUGGUGAUUGUCUGGUGUUCGAGCUGAUCAACCGGACGACGUUCAAGGUCUACAUUAUCAGACAAAGUUCCUACUAUGAACGAUGACUUAUGAGGAUGUGAGAUACUGAAAUUUGAAUAUGCACUUAGAGCAGGUCUUUUGGUCAAUUAGGUCUACCUGACGGAGUUGGACAUCAAGUUUGCAAAUGGAGAUCGUGAACCGUCUUCAGCCUUUCGGGUGACAGACAAUGUUCAAAAUAUGAACUUCAUGGAUUCCCCCAGUAGUUAUGUUUGGACUUGUCUAUGGGAA